AUUCAUGCUGUACCCUCUGUCGCGUUUCUACCUGCUUUCUACGAUGUAAUUCUAGAUGGCGGAUUUACUGAACUCCACACACUAUGGAUAAACGAAGAGACAGCGGCGAUGAUGAAUAACGGCUACGAAAUAUGGCAUCGUCGUCACGACUACUGGCUGUUGGCGGGCAUCGUUGUGCAUGGUUAUGGCCGGUAUCAGGACAUACAGAAUGACCCGGUUUUUGCGAUUAUCAAUGAUCCGUUCAGAUCACAACAGGGCAAGGGUAAUUUUCUUGAGAUCAAGAACAAAUUUCUGCAACGUCGUUUCAAGCUUUUGGAGCAGGCGCUGGUCAUUGAAGAGCAGCUUCGCCGGGCGGCAUAUUUGAACUUGCAACAGGAUGUGGUAAACCCGGUCAUGUCGCUAAACAGUCGUUUCGCCGAGGUCGAAUGUCUGGCCGAGUCUCACCAGCACCUCAGCCGAGAGUCGCUCGCCGGAAAUCGACCGGCCAACGCGGUUCUGUUUAAGGUGCUAAACCAGCUUGAGGAGCUACUGAGCGAUAUGAAAGCGGACGUCAGUCGUCUGCCCGCAACGUUGUCCCGGCUGCCCCCUGUUACGCAGCGUUUAGGAUUGUCUGAAAGGAGUAUUCUCAACCGGUUAACGAUGAGGGACGCGGACGGAGCAGCACCUCACAAUACGAUUCACCCAAUCGGUUCGUUCGUCACACCGAGUCUCAGCAGCGGAUUCGGCGGUUCUCAGUCAAACGUCGCCGCCUACGAGCGCAGCGUUGCAUAUAAUACGUCCACGGGUGCUUCCCCAAAAGCAGUGCCAGUUUCCACCCCUUCGGCCCAUCAGCCAAUUACCAACAAGCAGAGCGUCGUUUCCGCACAGCCGGAGGAUUUGUCUCAAAAAUCUUUGUCGUCCUCGUCAGCGGCAACAACGACCACGUCAGUGGUCAUCGCGCAAGCCACCGAACGCUCCCACCCGUCUCUUAAGACUUCCACCUCAAAAAUUGCGUCUGGUGAAGUACACGUCUCUAAAUAA